CACAUAGUCAAAAUAACUGAACCAUCAAAAACCCUUCCCCUAAUGUCUAAUCCUUUUAACUUUUCCCGCCAUGUUAGCUCUAUCCCUGUCCUCAUUCCUCUAUAAACCACUCCAAAACCCUAAUCAAAACCAGAAAGUUCCAAUCUUUAAACCUCAAUUCAGUAAUUUUCACUGUAAUUCUGAGCUUCAAACAGAAAGGGGCAUUGAAUUUGAGACUGGGGAGUCGUUUUUUCGCCAUGAAAGUGCUAAAGGUAGAGACUUGGGAGUGUUGGCAGGGGCCAUUUAUAAGAAAUCAAAGGGAACAUUAAGGGUUAUUGAUGCAAUGUGUGGGUGUGGAAUUAGGUCUUGUAGGUACCUAAUUGAAGCAGAAGCUGAUUUUGUAUUGGCAAAUGAUGCAAAUGAUGAGUAUAGAGGUGUUAUUGUUGGGAAUUUGAAGCAAGUUGAAAGGGGUUUUGGUGAUGAGAGGAGAUGGGUUGUCACGCAUUCCGAUGCGAAUAGAGUGUUGUCGGAGUGUUACUUGCAAAGAGAUUUCUUUGAUUUAAUUGAUGUUGAUUCAUUUGGGAGUGAUAAUUUGUUUUUAAGGAAUGCAAUGAGUUCUUUGAAAUUGGAUGGUUUGCUCUAUCUUACUUCCACUGAUGGCUACUCUUCUGGUGGUCAUAGGCCUAAUUGUUCUUUAGCUGCAUAUGGAGCAUAUAUACGUCCUAUGCCUUGUGCAAAUGAGGUUGGUUUGCGAAUGCUUAUAGGUGGGGCUGUAAGGGAAGCAUCAUUGCUUGGUUAUCAUGUAACACCACUCUUUUCAUAUUACUCAUAUCAUGGACCAGUUUUCAGAGUAAUGCUUCGAGUAAACCAAGGGAAGGAACAUGAGAACAGGCAUUAUGGUUUCAUUAGCUACUGCAAGCAAUGUGGGAACACUCGAGCAUUUUCUUGGCAAGAGCUUGGUCGUAUUACUUGCUCUUUUUGCAGCAACGAGGAUUACAAUCCUCUUACUGUCUCAGGACCCCUAUGGACUGGUCCUCUUCAUGAUGCUACCUUCAUCACAGAAAUGUUAAUUUUAGCUGAGCAAUGGGGAUGGAUAGGAGAAGAUGGCGUCGGAUCCGAUCUGGAUAAGCUCUUGAAACAGAUGUUAGAUGAGAGCGACCCUAGAUUACCAUUUGGAUACAUCAAACUGGAUCAGAUGGCAAGCCGAGCAAAAAUCAAUUCGCCUUCAAUAAAGACAUUGAUGAGCACUCUUCUCAAGGAGGGUUAUGUCGCUAGUCGAUCGCACAUUGCCUCAAAUGCAAUCAAGACAGAUUGUCCAAUGCCAGUGCUUGUCAGGCUCGCCACAGAACUACAGGGUGCUAAAUAAUUUUUGAUGCAGAAUGGUAUUAGAUCAGCACAGGCAUACAGGCAAUAUGAGCUGAAAAGUGGUGUUCAUGAGACAGAAAGGAAAAAAUUGAUGUAAGCUAAAUUUUUGUGCAAUCAUGAUCAACAUCUGUAAUGAAGAAGAAAAAGGCCUCUUGAUAUAGUUUUAGGAUUAGUUAAUCAAAAGAAUGAAUACUUAUUUGUUUGAACCAAGAUAAUGAAUGAAUAUGUACAUUAUUUUGUAAAAUGAUUUUUAGGACUGUAUAAUGGAGAAAAACAAACAAUUAAUCAUUUA